UUUAAAUCACGCACCCAGUGUCACGAAUCACAGGCUUUGACGUACGUACACCUAUUGACAACUAUUUUUUGUCUCGUACUUAUUUUAAGGAGCCAUUUGAGCCAGCCAGAGAACCAGUCCGAACCCAUCGACCCGGCUGAGGCCGCAAUGCUGCUUGGGAAAACGAAUAGUACCAACAGUCGCCCUGAGAAGGAACAAGCUGAAUACGCUAUGGUGAAGAAAAACGACAUCAAAGAGGUGUGUAUUGAAUAUCUAAUCAAGGUCUUGCUGCAAAUGAUAACGCAAAACUGUUGUAGGUACAGGUAAGCUCUCCAAAAUGUCGUCUAACAACAUUAAAAGUAGCUCCAUGAUUGGUGAGUUUUAGAGAAACACUACAAUUCUCAGUAUUGUGAUGAGUAGGAUGAAAUUGAGGCUGAAUCGAAGCAGUUUCUUCUGGGUUCCUUAGAAAACGAUAUGUACAUGUUUUCGUCUCUCCAAACAUGAUUGACAGAAGAUGUUAAUAAAAAAGUUAAACUGAAUAACAUCAUCAAUUUCAUUGACUGGUUGCAACAGUGCAAAUCGGCUACAUAGCUAGAAAACGCGCUCGCGGCUAUGAUGGGUGCGCGCGGUAGCUAAAUCAACUUGCAACCUCACCUAAUUGUUUGUCACAGAGUAUGAACAUUAUUGUCGUCAUCUUCAACGCUCUUAUAAAUUAUCUUGCCGGUAUUUUUAGCCAACAAAAGAAGAUACGACGCAAGAGUCUCCGUCUCCUGAAAUGGAUCAUGAAUACGCUGUAGUGAACAAAGCCAAGAAAAAGGUACCUUAUUAGUCCGAUGGGAUACUCCCACAUAUGUGCCGCCUGAUAGGGUAUGGCUUUUAAGGGGCUCCAUCCUAAGCAUCAUUUUUGCCCUUGUUGGCGUUGUGUUCCGGUGGAUCGGGUUCCGUUUAUUUUUCCAGCUAUAAAAUUUAACUGGGUAAAUGCCCAGCUACACGAGAAACAACUCAUCUCACCUUAGGAAAGAGUAUUAGGAAAGAGAUCUUAUGAAGAUUUGGGUGUUCCCAUUAAAUUCUUAGUUUUUGUUUUCCCCUUGAAUUGGGUCUCUCUCUCUUUUUUUUUUUUUUUUUUUUUUUUUUUUGGUUUGGGUGUCUUGGCUUUUGUUAUUUGUGGUAGGUGGGUUGUGUGUUUGGUUUGCUGUGCGUUUUUGUUGGCCUCUUAACGAUCAACUUUUUUAUUCCCCGGUAAGAAGGCCUCCAAAGCAUUUUUUUUUUUUUAUUUUUUUUUUUUCUAGGUUUGGGCCUUAAAUGGGGUAUCAGCUUUUGUUCUUAUCCUUAAAAAGGGCCAGGGUUUAAGACCCCUGGGCGGCACUCACCGGGCUUCUUAGUUGUUAUUUUCAAUGUUUUUACCGAAAUUAAGAUUGAAAGGUAUCGUGCAGCAUUCGGCAAGGUUUGAAUAUGUGAGGCACAACUAGUUGACUCAGAUCGCCAUUCAUAUAAAAUUCCUUCGCCAUGAAAUCUCUCAUCGACUACGUGCUUUUAGUAAAUAAACGUACCUUAAAGGGUGUUAUAAACUUCACGGCUUUAAAACCUUUAAAGUUUUCGGUUCCACGUCCCUUUUACGGCUAGAUUUCUGUUGCUUCUCCCGGAAGAAACGUAAGUCUAGCUCAUAGUUAGUUUCCAUCUGCACACAACACAAUUGCACAGCGGUAGCGAGAACGCUCAUAUGAAUACUUGGGCGCCAAUACGCAGGUUUAAAGUUGUUAUUCGUGCUCGUUGCGUUUGCAGAAAAAGGAAGGAGAUCUUCUUUAUGCUGAAAUCGACGUGGCUGAGUUUGGCGAAACCCAGAAUGACACUGAAGCACACAAACCGUCUUCAUAUGAGCCCACGGUAUAUGCUGACGUAAUGGUUGACACGGCGGAUCCGGAUUCCACGCAACCAACUUACACGAAUGUUCAGACUACCGGAGUGUGA